AACUUACGUCGCCGAGUCGAGCAGCAGCACUAACAGAGCAGUACGCGGAAACGGUCGAGCGAACGCUAUACAAUAAUCGCAAGAACCUGAGCUGAAUAUACACGAAUAUCCAAAGUUUUAGCGUUAAAAAGCAAUUGAAAUUGUGAAUGAGCCAGCCAGCAGUAUUGCUUGUUUGAUCUGUCUGUCUUUUUGCAUAUCUCAAUAGCGGUGUGGCAAUUUCUGUGCCUUAGUUUGUUGGCUAAUUGUGCAAGUAAAAGAUACAGCAGACCACGCUUUAUAUUUCGCAUGCGCGACGCUCGUUUUCGUCUAGUUUUGUUUGUGUAACAGUGUGUGUGUGUGUGUAUCUGUGUAUGUGCGCUCAAUCUUUGCUCAAUCGCAAUCUUUGGGCAUUGCCCAAACUGGUUAACUAAAAGCAAACGUGUUCUUUACGCUUUUGUUGACUUUGCACAGCGCACGCAAAGCCAAAAGUUAGUCAGCAAACAACAACAAAUAUUACAAAAUAAAUCAAAGGCAAAACAAAACGACAACAAUUCCAGUGUUUACCCAUCGAUACGGUGACCUGUCUACAGCAACCUUAAGAACACCGGGAAAACAGACUGCCACUACGACAUGGAUGCAGCAGCCGAUGGUGUGCCGCCAGCGGCGCCAACAGCAGCAGCGACAACGGCCAACAGUGAUCUGGAUUUGGCGGCCCGUCGCCGGCUCUUCAUCUCACAGCCCUCGACACUGGCGACGCGACGCCAGCAGGCGGUGUGUGUGAGGCGUGCCCAUAAAAUGUACGGCAGCACCAAGAAUCCCAAUGUCGUGCUGGAUGGCCUGAACAUGACAGUGCCCAAGGGCUCCAUCUAUGGCCUUUUGGGUGCCUCUGGCUGUGGCAAGACAACGCUGCUCAGCUGCAUCGUUGGACGUCGUCGCUUAAAUUCGGGUGAGAUUUGGGUGCUUGGCGGACGGCCGGGUUCGCGUGGUUCCGGUGUGCCCGGACCUCGAAUUGGCUAUAUGCCACAGGAGAUAGCCCUUUAUGGCGAGUUCACAAUGCGUGAGACCUUAAUCUACUUUGGCAUUAUCUCGGCCAUGCCACGCAGCGACAUCGAGGAUCGCACCGAAUUCCUGCUCAAAUUGCUCAAUUUGCCAAAUGGCUCGAAAUUUGUCAAGAAUUUGAGCGGCGGGCAGCAGCGACGCGUGAGCUUGGCCGUGGCGCUGCUCCACGAACCGGAGCUGCUCAUUCUGGAUGAGCCCACGGUGGGCGUGGACCCAGUGCUGCGACAGAGCAUUUGGGAUCAUUUGGUGGACAUUACAAGAAACGGUCACACAACUGUGAUAAUCACCACGCAUUACAUUGACGAGUGUGCCCAGGCGCAUAUGAUUGGCUUGCUGCGCGGCGGCAAAAUGCUGGCGGAGGAAUCCCCGGACUAUCUGCGGCAGCAAUACAACGCCGACUCACUGGAGGCGGUCUUUCUGAAGCUCUCCGUGAUGCAGAACAUGGGCAAGCGGCGGCGCUCGUCCAUUGCCCAGGAGAUAGUCGAACAGGUGACGGUGCCAGCCAUCUCGAAUCCCGCGCUGGACAUGUCCGACGAGCAGCAUGCGGCGGAGAUUUCCGGCGAGUUUGGCGACAACAUUUCCAUGUCCUCGGCUGCCAGGGAUCCCAUUACGACCACCGCGCCGGUGGCACCACCCUUGCCGCCAGCCCAGGAGAUACCCACAUCCUUUUGGUACAACCUUCAUGUGAUGCAAUCGCAUCAUUUGCACGCGCUCAUUUGGAAGAACUUUCUCUGGAUGAUGCGCAAUGUGGGUGUUAUGCUGUUCAUUGUCGGUCUGCCUGUGGUGCAGAUUUUGCUGUUUUGCUAUGCCAUCGGUCAUGAUCCGACCGGCCUCAAAGUGGCCGUGGCCAAUCAUGAGAUGUCCGAGGAAAUGAUUAUGCAACAAUUCUGCCCAGUCCAGGCCGGAUGCAAUCAGACAAUGUUGAGCUGCCGCUAUCUCGAUAUGCUGGUUAAGAACAAGAGCAUGGUUGUGAAAUAUGUGGACGAUGAUGAAACCGCCUAUGAGGAGGUGAAACGUGGCCGUGCCUGGGCCGCUUUGGUCAUCCAACCCAACUAUACCACAGCGCUGAUGGAACGUGUCGAGGAUGGCCGCUAUGCAGAGGAUGCCACCAUUGAGGCCUCCGAUUUGGGCGUGCGCAUGGAUUGGUCCAAUCAACAAAUUUCGACGCUGCUCUAUCGCGAUCUGCAGUACACUUUCUUCAACUUUGUGGAGGGCAUGCUGACCGAUUGCGAAAUGAAUCCCAAACUGGGCACCGUGCCCGUCUUCGUCGAGCAGCCCAUCUAUGGCUAUCGGAAUCCCAACUUUACGGACUUUGCCGCUCCAGGCGUUAUUCUAACCAUCAUCUUUUUUCUCUCCGUGGCCAUUACAUCCGGCGCCAUGCUGAUUGAGCGCAAUGAGGGCAUGCUGGAGCGUUGCCUGGUGGCGGGCAUUACGGGCCCCGAAAUUCUGCUCUCCCAGGUCGUCACACAGUUCACGGUGAUGCUGAGCCAAACGAUCUUUGUGCUGAUUGUCAGCUUUUACUUCUUUGAGUUGACUUUGGUGGGCGACAUUUGGCUGGUGGUGGCGCUGUGCAUUCUCAACGGCUUGUGCGGCAUGAGCUUCGGGUUUGUCAUCUCCUGCGCCGUGGACACGGAGCGUACAGCGACGUAUGUGGCCAUGGGCUCCUUUCUGCCCAUUGUGAUGCUGUGCGGCAUCAUAUGGCCCAUCGAGGGCAUGUUCCCGUUGCUGCAGUUGGCCACCGCCUUUCUGCCGCUGACCAAGCCCACGGAAUCGAUGCGUUCCAUUCUGCAACGCGGCUGGGGCAUUGACAAUCCCACCGUGUACAAUGGCUUCAUAUCGAUAUCAUCCUGGGUGCUGGUCUUCCUUGUGCUCACCAUCCUGUUGCUCAAGUUCAAGAAGGGUUAACCGAGACAGAGAGAGAGAGAGAGAGAGAGCGCUCUGUGCGCUCCAUUUCGUAUGAUUUUAUUAGGUUCUAAGGGUACACUUAUGUAUGUCUGCAUGUCUCUUGCUGUAGCUUAGUCACUUGUACAAUUUUUGUAGUGUUUAAAUCCUAGGGAUAGGUUCCGGAAUUCAACUGCGCAUUGGAAAAUUGUUGUGCCUUGUAGCUGUAAGUUCUCAUCAUCAUUCCCUUCUUCAUUUGAACAACAUUAUUUUAUGUGCAUUUACGCAUUAAGCAAACGAAAAACUUUGAAUAAAAAUUGAAAGCUAACGAUUCAAGUCUCCAAAA